AUGGAGCAAACGUUCUUUUGUGAUGUUUGUAAUUUAAAAGUUUUUAGUCAAAAAUUUUGGGAUGAUCAUGUUAUUGGAUUUAAACACAAACAAAUGGCUGAUAAAAAGAGAAAAUUGGAGAUAUUAUCAAACCGUUCUGUUCAUUUAAAUAAUUUUAAAGAAGAAAUAAGAGAGGAAUUGUUGCUUCAAAUAUUUGAUCAAUUUGGUGAGGUUGAUAGAGUUUUAAUUGACAAGUCAGGUAAAAAUGCUUAUUCAAUUAUUGAAUUUAAAGAAGAAGAGGCUGCUAAAAAUCUUUUGGGAGCUAUGCAACGAAUAAAAAUUGGAAAGAGUAUGGUGCGUAUUCGACCAAGACGUGUAGAUUUUAACAAUUCAACAAUUAAGCAAAAAUCUAUUUCCAUUACAAAUUCUGAGAAUGUACUUAAAUUUCUUGAAAAUUGUCCUUCUGAAUUUUCUGCUCAAUUGGAUGGUCUAAUUGAAAAAUUUUCUUUAUCAAAUGAUUUGAUUAAUGAACGUUUAACAUUUACUUUAAAAUUGCAAAAACACUUUCAACGCUAUUUUUCUUCUCCUCUUUCUAUUAGAUUGUUUGGUUCUUCUUCAACUGGUCUUGGAUUUAUUGAUUCUGACUUGAAUGGUUGUUCAUCUCCAUCUACUUCAACAACUUCGAAUGAUAUGGAAAUAGAUAUUGGUGAAUUUACACCAGAGGAAUUACUAAAAUCUCCUUUGGAUGCAAAAACAUUUUUAAAUUUAACAAAAACAAAUCAAAUUCGAAUUUUAAAUACUUUAAUUAAUUCACUACGAAAAGAAAGUUCAAUUAUAAUUUCACAUGUUCCUGUUAAAGAUGCACGUACUCCUAUACUGUUUUUGACAAUUUGUUUAAAUCAAGUCAAAAUUCCUUGUGAAAUUUCCGUUCAAAAUUUGUUUGGAGAAUUUAAAGCAAAUUUAAUUGGGGAUUUAGUUAAGGCUGAAACUUCAGGUAUUCUCUUCCGUUUAUUAUUUUUCCUAAAGUUAUGGGCAUCUUCUAAUGAACUUUUUACGUCUGACAACGAUUCUGAUGGGCCAAAAUCAUUCUGGAAUUCUUAUACACUUUCUUUGUGUACAAUUGGAUUUUUACAGAAAAUUAAUCGAAUACCGCCAAUUUUUAAAUUUUUGAAUCCAAAUUCGCGUAAAAUUAAUGGAUGGGCAAUUGAAUAUUCUAUACCCAAAUUUACAAUUGAAAAAGAGGAAUUGCCGUUACUUUUGAAGGUAAAAAAAUAUACCUAA